CAUCUAACAAUUUUUACAGCUGUCACCGCUUUACGCGAAGUCAGAGAAGAAGCUGGUGUCCUCGGACAUUUAGGACGAUGUCUUGGUGUCUUUGAGGUUCAUAAAAAUAUUGAACAUAAACACCGAACUCAAGUUUGGGUGAUGCGAGUUACUGAAGAAUUGCCAGAGUGGGAAGAUUCACGCAACAUUGGGCGUAAAAGAAAAUGGUUUACAAUAUCAGACGCAUUAAUACAAUUGGCACAGCACAAACCCAUCCAGCGUUCAUACAUUCACAGCCUCCGUAACUCGAAUCCACGACGUGGUGCGUCAACAAAUCCCACACCACUUCACCCUCAUUCUCUGCCCACUCCAAUUCAGCUUGUAACUAAUUCAACUAGCGAUCCUCACCUCAGUAAACACAGCUAA